AUGCCUAAAAAUCUUACGACAAUUUUGAGCGUGGUCGUCACUGCCACCAGCGAGGCCACUCGCUUGUUUCCAGGUGCCAUUGCGUGGCAUGCCACUGAAUCCGACCUCGCUUUGAAACUCGUCGGGGAAAACGUUGUCAGCGAGCCGCUCCAUACCCUUGGGUUUGCAUUAGAGUACGAUUUGCUCAACCGUGGUUCCACCUACCUCCUUACUGGGCCAUUCGGUCAAGAUCCAGACACCGGACGAGCUUUGAUGAAGCACAGUCCACUGACCGAGAGUAAGCUCAGCAACCACACCCCUGAUCCCAAAGAACUAGCUGGGAAAGCCUCAAUCAGUGGCGUGGGCAAGGUGCUUGAAGCUGUGAUGGAUAACAUCACCAAUGCAGGAGGUGAAUGGAAUCUCACAGUCCAGGCUGAACAUGAGUACUACGACCCCGAAACCCAAAGGAAACUUGAUUUUGUGAUCACUUACCGCUUUGGUCAUUUUACUCCCGAUUUACCAGAGCUUGAUGAAAUUCAAGUAGGUUCCCUCAUGUGGUUGCAAGGAAACAUUGUGAACAAAGACAAACACUCAAAGCGUUUCAUUGUUCAAGUGCUACAUCAUUACGUGAUUACAAAUGUUUGGGUAGCACUACACCCAACCAUUCCCCAGGAACUCCAUCCCAGCGCGCUUGCUCAGUUUCUUGUAAUGGUCUCGGAAUCUGGUCCCUUCCACAUCCAAUUGGUCCAGAUGGUAGGCGAUAGCCUCGUCAAAUCGAUUGUCACCUCAUUAAACCAGUUUGUCAAGUUGAAGUGUGAAACACUUGGAAGUAUUGAAAUGGAAAAAAGUAAACUGAAUGAUGCGAUUGGAAUCUUUCUUACUGGGCAAGCAUCUGUAUUACACGUAACAUAUGGGCCAACCUACACUGGACUCACGUGGGCAAUCGAGGAUGAUAGUCUGAACUGGGUGGACACCGUCGGUGUUGUAGAGGUAUCCAUUGAGACGGCUAUGGAGGUGCAAAUUUGGUGA